UUAAAUUUUUCAUACAUUUGUUAGUUUUGUCGUGUCGAACAUGAAAUAUUUAGCAUUAUUGUGUUUAAGUUUAUCAUUUGUCAAUAAUGUUCAAAGUGUAAUUUUUCCAAAUAAGGAGUUUUCAAUUGUAAAAAAUGAAGGAUUUUUGACACAUCUUGUUCAUCCUGCUUCAUUUAAGUUGACAAAAUGCUCAUUGCAGUUGGAAGAUGGUACAUCGUUCGAUCUUGAUCCUAUUGUAAAGGAGCCUUUUAUCUACAAUACAUCGGAAGGAGUACUUAUUCAACGUUUCGAUCAGGAAUCAUGUGGCGUUCGAGUUCGAAAUAUUGCGUCGUCAAUGUCGGGUCUGUGGAAACUUUUAGCUGAAAGUGAUAGAAAAGAAAAAGACGAAGAUACAUUCACUUUGAAUAUUUUAAGCAACAAGUUGGAUCCAUCUCCUCGUGUCAUAACUGUUACACAAGAAAACCCAUCUCUCUCCGUUGCUUGUCCAAAUAGCAAAACUGCUCGUUAUUGCCGUGUUGAUUACAAAGGAAAAUUUAUCGAUAAUAACAAUGGGCAGUGCGAACCUCAUGUUAUGUCUUAUGGUAAUGAGACUAUUUACAAUUGCCGAACAAUGCGUUGGGGUCAAAUGACAGAAAUCGAAAGUGCAAUUAAAAUUGUUAAGGAAGAAAGUUCAUCAGUGCAGUCAAAAGGAAAGAUCAUAGAGACAGAUAAGCAUGUUAUUUUAUCUUGUCAGGAUCAGACAGGGAUGUGUCGAGCGGAAAUGCCGGGAAAAGUAAAACAAUUAAUGUUAAUGGAAGGACUCUUAAUGGAUCAUUAUUCAACAUACGAUACUCAUCUCAAUAAGGGAAAAUGCUCAUUAGAAAUCGAAAAACCUCUAAAACCAGAGGAUAUUGGAACAUGGCGCAUUUUUCAUACUAAAGAGGAUGAUUCGGGUUGUGUUUUUCGGUUGCAUGAUGAUUCUUCUAUUCGACAGUCGAAUGCUAAUGAUCCCAUAAAUAUUGAAUAUUGGAAAGGUAAAACAGGAUCUCUUGAAAUAACGUGUGAAGUUCCGUAUCCCAUAGACUAUUGUUAUUUAACUACCCCGGAUUUCCCGGAUAACAAAAAUUUUACUUCAUUAACUCCGGACAAAUUUUUCAAGACAAAAUAUUUGGGCAUUUGUCGUUUUGUGAUCAAACAACCUAUUUCGGGUUUGUACGUUUGUGGCGUCAAUAACAUAAAUGGCGGCGAAGAUAUUCAAACGUAUUAUCACGUAAAAUCUUAUGAAGUUCCCGUCAAAACAUCAACAUCGCUUGUUCAAGGAUCGAGAGGUCAAAUUAUUGAUUUAAUGGUGAAAACGAUCUUCGACUAUCCGAUGAGCUAUUGUCGGUUUAUGAUGCCAAAUGGGCAAGUGCAUGGAGUUUCAGAACGAUUUAAUAUGACAGGCGCUUUGAGAUUUUAUGGAAAAGGGUUGCAAUAUGGAGAAUGCGGUAUUCAAAUUCUCAAGAUAAAAGAGAGCGAUUUUGGAUUAUGGAAAGCGACAUUUAAAGUAGAAAACAAAGAGUACAGUAUAGAAAUGGUUUUGUCGAAAGAAGCUGGAUUUACGACGGCUUAUGUUGCUGGACCAAUUUUAGCUGUUAUCGCAAUUGGAGGAGGGAUUUUCGGGUAUUUCAUUUAUACAAAACGAUCAAGCAGAAGGCACAGGAGGCGAUAUGAGAGAACUGUUGGAACAACAACGGAUGAUUUGGAUUUAGAUAACCGAAGUGAAGCUUCUCAUGAAAGUUAAAAAAAGAAAUAGUACAUCCAUCUAUUGGAUAAUUUUUGAACAAAAAUAAAUUUGAAAU